AUGUGGUGUCUAUCAUUUAGCAUCCUGUUUGCGCCGAUUCUUGCAUUAAAUAUGCAAAAUCCGAGGAAUUUUGGUCCAUAUGAUCCGGUAUGGAAAGAUUACGAGCUGUGUAAGGGACCCAAGUUUAAAAAUGCUUCUGAGACUGAUGUCGUCGUAUUUCAACAAGGCAAAGACUUUUAUGGGACUUUUAAAUUUAACUUUUUAACUCGCAGUUUAGUGGAUGAGAUAAGACUAUGGCUCUAUUCAAUAGUCGGCGAAACAAGAAAACAACUGUGGUCACACAAGUUAUCAGAUCCCUGUAAAAAUUUUGUAUUUGCUGAACUGAUACAGGAGCAGCUUAAUUCGGCAAAAUGCAUUGUUGAAAAGGGACCAUAUGACAUUAGAUGGACUAGAUAUAAUAUAUGUCCAGGAUCCAAACCAAAAAAUUCGACUAACAUAACAUUCGCGUUGGAAAAGGAAAAUGAUGAUUAUUUUGCCAAACUAACAAUUGACGUCUUGGUUAAAACUUCAAUAGAUGAGGUAAAAGUGUGGGUUUACAAAAUGAAAAAUGAAAGCAAAAGUUUGCUGUGGGUGUACAAGUCAAGCGAUGCUUGCAAACACUUUAUUUUCGGUGAGAUAAUUAAACAGCAAUUAAAUGCCAGAAGUUGUGUUAUCGAAAAGGGUACAAGUAAUAUAACACUAAAUUUCUCGGAGAUAACGAAAAAAAUGAUUGGUUCGUCAUUUUUUUACGGAAAUUAUUCUAUGAAGUCCAUUGCCACGUCGAAAAAAGCGAAUUUCCUAUGUUUUAUUUUUUAUGCUGAAUUUUAUAAGAAAAAUGUGUAA